AUGAGAUACAUUCCAAUUGGCCUGGCCCUCCUCGGGGCGCUGUCAGCCUGUAUCGAUGCAGCGCCUCUCCGAAGGACCAAUCCUAUAGUCGAUCUCGGCAGCGAAGACCAAGUCCACAUUCAAGGCACAUCAGCUCACGGGGUUGAGUCGUUCCUGAACAUCCGCUUCGGUCAGAGCACUGCGGGCCGGAACCGUUUCGCAGCCCCAAAGCCAUUUGAAUAUCCCGCAGGCACCCUGGUGAAUGCUACUAGUGCAGGCGCAGCUUGCCCUCAACAGCGCGAUCCCGGAUUCAUAUUAUUCGAUAAUGUUACUACAGUCUCGGAAGACUGUCUUACCCUCCGAGUCGACCGACCCGCACACACAAACAGCACUGCCAAGUUGCCAGUCAUGGUAUGGAUCUAUGGAGGAGGCGACUCUAUCGGCCAGAUCUACGAUGGCGCAUACAAUCCAUCUGGCCUGGUUGUUACUGCUGCGCAGAAAGGAACCCCUGUCAUCUACGUGGCAAUGAAUUACCGUGUCGGCGUCUUUGGCUUUGCUGCCUCCCCUGCAUUGAACGAGACGAACGACUUGAAUGCCGGUCUGCUCGAUCAGCGCCUCGCCCUCAGGUGGGUUCAGAAGCACAUCGCUGCCUUUGGUGGCGAUCCGGAAAAUGUGACCAUCUUUGGCGAGAGUGAUGGAGGUACUGGCGUAGGCCUGCAGGUCACAGCCUACGGAGGCCAUGAUGCUGCGGUUCCUUUUAAGAAAGCCAUUAUGCAAUCAGGGGCCCCCACUGCUGACACAGGGUUCGCCAAUGGGAUAACCCUGAACCACACGGCCGAGCUCAUCAAGUUGGCAGGCUGCAACGCUUCUACCAGUGCCGCAGAGCUGAUAUGUCUUCGCCAAAUGCCUUUGGCCAAGCUUCUCCCGCUGGCUGUGAAGUACGAAGCUUCUGUCAGUUCCAACACUUUCGAUGUUUUCGUGCCCGUCGCACCCUCUUCUUUCAUCCCAGACAGCCCUUCGAGGCUCUUGGCUUCUGGCCGCUUCGCUCGCAACAUUGACAUGAUCGCUGGAUGGACCGAGAACGAUGCCUCGUUUUUCACUGAUCCCUAUGUCAGCGCCAGCAACGCUACAGAAGUCGCAGCCGCGAUAUUUCCCUACGCAGGAACAACGGACAAGGCCCUCGCAGCUGAGAUCGCCGAUGCCACCAAAGCUGCUCUCGAACUCUAUCCUCUGUCUUCUUUCCCCUCCGAGGACGGCGAGACUUCAUACUACUACCGAGCAAGCCGGAUGAGCCGCGAUUCCGGGUUCGUGUGUCCGGCCUUACACGUCAUCAGCAUGAACCAUAAGCACUUCGGCUCAUGUACAUCCAACUACCUCUACGCCCUGAAUCAGACUGCUGUCGCACAGGCUCUCGCUGAAUACGGCGCCUCUUUCUACCAGGUGCCUCACUUUAGCGAUGUUCCUUACGUCUUCAACCAGAUCAAGACUCGUUUUGCGGCGGUUACUAAUCGGACUAUCGAUGCGACGUUGGGAUCGGAAAUGAGUACCUCCUGGGCUUCUUUUGCCGCUUCUGGAAAGCCUUCUCUGGUGCGCGGGAGCCUUCCGGGCUGGUCUCCUGCGGUGAAUUCAAAUGGAGAUUUGAGUGUGCAGGUUAUUGGUGGACCUAGCUCUGGCCCCCGGAGUAUCACCUCCAAGGCCUCGUUCGAGCAUCUGUUGGAGAGGUGCGCUUUCUGGAAUUCUGACAAGAUCCAGGCUUUGCUCGGUACCUAA